UCUAGCCUCUUCUAGGCUAAUUCUCGCACCUGGACUAGCCCAUUUCUAAUAAUGUGUGUAAGCACCCCAAGGUGCGCUUACCGGGAAGAUUCUAGCCUACGUCCAUCCUGGGUCGGAGCUGCCUGGGAGAGCGGAGCAUGGCUGUCGAGUCUACCCGGGAGAGCUGAGCAUGGCGUCUCUGCUCCCGAGAGCAGAACUGUCGGCUCUUCCGGGAGCAGAGCAGAGUCUGAGCUCACUUCCUCUUCUUCCCAGCAUCCUAGUCUAUGUUUUAACCUAUCAGGGCCAACGAGUUUCUUUAUUGCUUAACCAAUGAAAUCAACAGAUUGAUAUAUGACACUCCCACAUCAUGGGAGGCUGGGAGGAGGCAGAAACUUUUUUUUUCUUUUCCUUUGUUCAAUAAAAAAAAAACUAAAAAAAAAGAAAUAACACACUAGCUCAGAAUUGAGAAAUUGAUAUUUAUUUAGGGGUAAACUCACAAAUCAGCCUCCUCUGCUUGAAUGGAGAACAUUAGACAAAUCCAGCAACCAGAAAGAGAGUGGGUGCAUGUUCUACGUCAGCUUAUAUAGUAUGAGGCCACGCCCCAGUGGGCAGGUAAUCACUGGCAGUAAGACUUCCUAAAGCACCUCCCACUUUUGUUUAAAUAAGAGAGUUCUAAGCCUAAUACAAAAUUAUAUACAAUAAGAACAAAUAUAUUCAAUAAUUAUCCUAUCUUAACUAGUUUAAGUCUUGUAUAAAUAAAUAACUUGGACACGUCAUGAAAGCAAAAUUAACGACUAUAUAGUCUUCAACCCCAUAUAAGAUCUGAGAAGAGAAAUAAUAUUACUUGAGUAAGCAGGAAAUACAAUCAAGCAACUUCCAAUUUGUACAAUAAAUGACAGAGACAACUGGCUACCUGGGCAAUAACCAAAGUCUCAUUUGCAACAUUGAAGCAACCAACUUUAGCUAAAGCCUAGAAUAACUGACAGACCAUUUUCAGAGGCAGAAAACUUUCCCAAACCAUCUUACUCUGUCUUGGCAUGAUUUGACAGUCCUGCUUAUCCAUUUCCAGAUACUAUGUAUCUUCUCAGUGGUUGAGGCAUGGGCAUUUCUCUGCCCAAAAGCCAGUUUUGCCAAGAAGAAAACAAGCUCCAAAUGGAGUGACUUCAGUGCUCAACAUUCUCUUAGGAACAAAUUGGAGAUGCCAGGAGCAAUCGUGUCUCACUAAAAUAACAACCCUAAGUUAUAUAAAUUCCAUACUCUACAACUCUUUGAAGUGGUUGAAGAAUACCUAUCUAUGCAGAGUAUAAUCUCUAUGAAUCUAAAGAACCUGACUAUUCUAACUAUAAGUAAGACAAAUCUGUAUGACUAUUGAUCUGUAAUUCGUGAUUCCUAUAUAACUUAAAGACUAAGACUUCAUAAUUGAAUAUUAUAUAAUAAGCAAAUGUGCAACAAAUGAGGAAAAUGACUUCCAAAUGUAAACAAUGUAUAAGUAUCUUGAUCAGAGGUAGAACUUUACAUUGCAAUAUGAUAAAUAUAUAUCAAUAUAAAAAAGUUCUAAACAGAGGUAGAACAUGUGUGCAUACAAUAUUCAAUAUAAUUUAACUUUGCAUCAAUACAUUAGAAUCUAUACCAAUGUAAUUGCCUACAAAUAAUAACUCAUAAGUAUUCACUCUAUUACUCACUAUUAUUAUUAGUGUGAUUAGGCAUAUACUAAUCUAUUAUCCCAUCCAAUUUUCCCUUUUUACAAAGAUAUCCCUGAGCCUACAACCCCCAACCCCAUACCAAUUAUAAUCAACCCCUAAAUGAUGUUCCUGACCCUGAGGACAAACUUUGUUGGAAGAGGGAAUGUUAUCUUCUAGAAUUACUUCCAGCUAUCAUGGAGGCAAUGUUCUUUCUAUGGGAUCCUCUGAAAGUAAAAUGAUGGUUAAGUUCCAAGAUCACUGUCUGGUAUAAUUGCAAAUAGUCUCUGAGUAUUUGGUAGGGUUUUUCUUAUCUUCCUAUUUGGAGGUCUGGCAAGAACAUUAUUUAAAAAGUGCACCAUUUCCACUAACCAAUAGGAACCAUCAUAUUGAGCAAAUGGUACCCAAAAUAGAUCUUGUAAUAGCACUAUUAGCAUCAUGACUUCAUAUCAACCAGGUGUAGUUGUUAUUGUGGGGCCCCUUCUUUUUCCUGGAAACUUCAAAUAUUGCUGCAUGAAUAUUCAUUGUUCAUUGUGGAAAACUUAAACAUUUAUAUAGACAUAUAUAGUCAUUUAUAUUCAAUGAAAGGUACAAUAGAAAAAAUAGAUAUGAAGAAAACUAAUUUUUUCUAAAUUCUCUUUACUUUCUGUCCCAUAUCAUGGCUCCUGACAUGAGACAGAAAUUCUGAAGUUUUAUUUUAACAACAUUCUUGGAUUUAGAGAAGGACAGAGCCAGUGUACAACUCCAAAUCCAUCUCUGUGUUUCAUAAAUAUAUAUACAUAUACAUAUAUGUAUAUGUUUUACCACCUCUACUUAUGAGUCAUAUUUAUUUUUCUUGAUGACCCUUAUUGGAUAGUUAUUUUUCCUUCUGUAAGAAUCCAAACAUCCAGGGUCUCUUGAAUUUUUGAAGAUGAGUAUUUUCCUGCAAAGACAAGAAAAGAACCCUGUCCCAACCUUAUAUGAUUUCCUUACCACCUGUAUGGUUGUCAUUGUUAUGGACAAGCUGUCAUUUCUCUUUUUCAAGAGUUUCUCCUUUUCAAACUGAAUCUUUAUUAAAUUUGAUGGUAUCCAUAGUUUUCUUCUCCUGUGGAAACAAGAGCAAAACCCUUUCUCCAAUGCAGCACAUAUCCUGGCUUCCAUUGUGAGGUCAGCACAUCCUUUAAAUAAACUGGCUGAUUUAAUUUAGAAGACUUUUCUAUUAUCCAAUUUAUCUCUGCUGCUGUUGUCCCUUUCUCAUUAGCAUUAAGAAAAUUCAAGGUUAAUACAGCAUUAUACGAUCUAUUUCUGGGGGCAUUAUCCUCCCCUUUCUGUUUGUUUAACAUAUCCUUUAUAGUUCAAUUUGAUCUUUCUAUAACUGUCUGGCCUGUAGGAUUGUGUGGUAUACCUGUAAUAUGCUUAAUAUAUUAUAAUAAGAAAAAAGACUGUUCCAUUUUCCUAAAGACAUAUUCUGGACAAUUAUCUGUCUUUAUAUAAGCAGGUAUAUCCAUGAUGGCCAUAACUCUAAUAAAUGUGUGAUUACUGAAUCAGUCAUUUCUGAGCUUAAAGCCAUUGCCCACUGAAAACCUGAAUAAGUGCCAAUGAUGUGUUGUAUAUACUUUAAUUUUCCAAAUUCUGCAAAGUGGAUCACAUCCAUUUGCCAGAAUUCAUUCCUUUGAGUACCCUCUGGGUUAGUCCCUGCAGGUAGCAUUGUUUGGUUAUAGAAAGAGAAAGUAGGGCAUCUCUUUAUAAUCUCCUUAGCUUGUUCCCAUUUAAUAAAGAACUUUUUCUUUAAACCUUUGCUAUUGACAUGAUAAAUUUUAUGAUAUUCUGAGGCCUACAAAUGCUUCCAUUCAAUAAUUGAUCAAUUACUGCAUUACCUUGUGCAAGAGAAUCUGGCAGACCCAUAUGGGAUCAGAUGUGUGAUAUGUAUGUAGGACAAAGCCUAUUCCUGAUCAUGACUUACACCUCAAUAAAUAAUGAAGUCAAUUAUGCAAUCGCCUUGUGAAAAUUCAGCAGGUUCAGUAUGCAAGAUAAUUCUUUAUGCACAUUGUGAAUCAGUAACUAUAUUAAGAGGUUCUUUAAAAUUUCUUAGCACCAUGAGAAUACCAUAUAAUUCUGCCUCCUGGACAGAAUUUUAAGGGCUUUAUUAUACCUUAUUUAAUUCUUCUAAUUUGUAUCCUGCCUUUCCUGAUUUGUUUACAUCAGUAUAAAAUGUACAGGCUCCAGUUAUUGGAGCAUCAUGUACAAUUCGGGGAAGGAUCCAAGAAAUUCUCUUUAUAAGUUUAAGUCUAUCACUUUGGGGAUAAUUGCUAUUAAUUUCUCUCAAAAAAAUAGCACAAGCUCUUUCCCAUGGUUCAUUGCCUUCCCAUACUUUUUUAUUUCAUCAGUAAUGAAAGGCACUAUAAUCUCUGCUGGGUCUUACUUUCAAAUUGACAAAGUCUCAAUUUACCUUUUAUUGUUAAUUCAGAGACUUUUUCCACAUAUAUUUUAAUUUUUUACUGGAUGUUUGUGGUAAAAAGAUCCAUUCUAUGAUAAUAUCAUCCCUCUGCAUUAAAUUUCCUGUAGGGGAAAUUAUGGAAGGCAAUAUGACUAGUAUACAAUUAAGAUUUGGAUUCACCAUAUUGACAUGUGCCUCCUGUAAUUUCUCUUCAACAAUUUUCAAUUCAUUUUCUGCUUCAGCUGUGAAUUCUCUGUGACUAUUCAAGUCUUUAUCACCAUCUAAAGUUUUCUUUAAAUGAAUUAUUAGAUCAAGUUUUGUCCCAACAGCCAGCUGUAUGCUGGAAAUGUCUCCUAACAAUCUUUGGAGGUCAUUAAGAGUCAGCAACCAGUCUCUCCAAAUUUAUGCCUUUUGUGCCCUAAUUUUCUGCAAACCUCUUUUAUAACCUAGAGGCCAUCAUUUUGAUAAUAGGGAAGACAGAGGAAUAACAGAUUGUAAAGGGCCCAUAGGUUGAAUUAUCUUAUUGACAGCUCUUAGAUCUGUCACCAUUCUCCAUUUACCAGAUUUCUUUUUUACAACAAACACAGGAGAAUUCCAAGGGCUGGUGGAUUCUUCAAUAUGGUGAACAUCCACUUGCUCUUGUACCAGCUGUUUCAAAGCCUGCAAAUUAUCUUCAGCUAGAGGCCACUGCUUAACCCAUAUUGGUAUCUCAGUUCACCAUUUUAAAGGUAUGGCUGCUGGUACCUAUAAAGGUUUGCUAGUUGCUAUGUUCUUGUAUAGCCUGAAUGGCUGGUGACCUUUGUGUAUAGCACCUUAUAAUAUCCUUCACAGAAGCAUGAGUUCCUGGAGCUGCAGGGAUGUUAUUCUGGGUAUUCCAUUACUGCAGCAGGUCAUUACCCAUAAACUUAUUGCAAUAUUAGUAACAUGUGGCUUCCCACUUUGACCUUCUGGCCCAAUACAAUCAAUCCAUCUCUUGAUUAAUUUGAGAUAUGAUUCCAAUUCCUCGUAAUUGAACAUCUGCCUCUUGAAGAAGCCAAUUUGGAAUGUUAAUCUGGAUAUUUCCAAUCAACUGUAUAGCUAUUUGAUUGCUUCUUCCUUCCCCCUUAGUUCAAUAUAUUUACAAAUUUUUUUACUCCCAAUUUUAGUGUUCUGCUUUAUUCUAUGCUUCUUCAAAUUCUAUUCUUUAUUUCUGAUCACUCAUUACUCAGGUAUCUAACUGUGGUACCAUUUUCUCAUGGAUUCCUCACAUUCUCCUUUGUAUAUCUGGCCAUUUCUUCAGUGUUUAUUAGGGUUAACUGAUCAGCUCCACAUAGAAAGCCCCUAUUUCAUGGUUCAGCCACAACAUAUAUUAUUUCUUGAACCAGAGUUGAGGCAUGGGAAUAAUUGAGGCACAGUUUACAGGACAAUAUUAGGAGGGAGUCUUAGGGUUUAUUUAAAUCCUAAGAUCACCCACUUUUAUUAUCAAAACUGUUUUCAUAUCAAAAGAUAAAGUGAGGGAGAAGUUCAUUAGCAUUCUGUUUCCUGGGUAGAAGGAGAGAAUGAGUUAGCUCACAUAUGGAAUUAUGGCUGCUCUCUCAAUUAGACUGAAUUAACACUACUUCCGUGGGCAACCACCUAAUUAGAAUAGAAGGAGCACAUAAACAUUAGCAUAUCCUAACUCUUUGUUUAGGAUGGCAUCAAGUUGUCUCAAAAGGCUAGGUGACCAGGUACAAAUUGUACCCUGAAGAUCGCUCAGAAUUAUGGCUGCCAUACAAUGUAGAAAUACGGGCCUUUAUAAUAUGGCCUCUCUAUAAGGAAUAAAAACAUAUUAUACAAAGAAACUUUUCAGUUACAAACAUGUUCUGACUCAAUUGUUUGUUUUCUUCUUUUUAAUUUGACCUGAUGGACAACCUUGAAUAACUUGGUUGUAUUCUCUGUACCCUAAUUUCCUCAUCUGAAUGUUUAGAAUUAAGAUCACCUUUCUCAUCUGGAAUUACAGAAAACUCUUUCUAACUUGCUACUAUGUUUGUUUCUUCAUAUUUUAUAGAGAGAUAAUAAAAUGUAGCUACAUAAGAUUUUUUGAAAUUUUAGUAAUCUAGCAUAUGUAAUUGAUUAUUGUAGUAAAUAUUAAUAUGUGAGGGACAUUUCAGUGGUGCUUGGUACAUGUAGAGCACUCAAGAAGCAUUGCUCACUAUUGGAAAAUACUAUGAUAGUGAAGAAAACGUUAUAAUUUUUCUUCUAGGUAAAUCACUAUGGACAAUCAAAAUCAAUAUUUAUUUAACUUCAGAGGCUAUAACUUUCAAAGAUCUAUAGUUAGCAUGAACAUAGUGGAAAACAUGGACAAUCAGGAAAUUAGAGAUGAUGAUGUCUUCAUAGUCACAUAUCCAAAAUCUGGUACUGUCUGGACACAGCAGAUCCUCAGCUUGAUUUAUUUUGAGGGCCACCGGAACAACACUGAAAACAUCCUAACAGCAGAAAGAGCACCCUUCUUUGAGUACAAACAUCCUAGUGUGGACUAUGCCAAAAUGCCAUCACCUCGUGUCUUUUGUACCCACCUCCCAUAUUAUUUAGUGCCAAAAGUUUUCAAGAACAAAAUAGUCAAAAUUCUUUAUAUCUACAGAAAUCCUAAAGAUGUUUUGACCUCCUUCUUUUAUUUUUCAAAUUCGGUCAUUCUAUAUGAAGCCUCAGAUUCUAUAGAAACAUUUAUGCAAGCAUUUCUAGAUGGAAGAGGUAAGUAUUAAUUAAUUGAUCCAGACUCAAAUGAAUUACACAAAAAGUACCAGAAAGCCAAAUUCUCAGACUUAUAGAACAUAACUUAAAGAAAUGGAGCCAGGCAUUUUUUAAAAGAACAACCAAAGCCAGCUGAACUGGGACUGAUGGAGCAUGUGAUCAAACCAGACUCUCUGAAUGUAGCUGACAGUGAGGGCUGACUGAGAAGCCAAGGACAAUGGCACUGGGCUUUGAUUCUACUGCGAAUACUGGCUUUAUGGGAGCCUAGCCAGUUUGGUUGUUCACCUUCCUAGAUCUGGAUGGAGGAGGGAGGACCUUGGACUUCCCACAAGGCAGGGAACCCUGACUGCUCUUUGGAUUGGAGAGGGAAGGAGAGGGGGGAGGGAAGAAUGGGAGGAGGUAGAAAUUUUUAAUAAUAAUAAUAAAAGAAAAAAAGAACAACAACAAAAAAAUAGCAGACAAAAAAACACAAAGAACUUAUCUCUAGUGAAAAUUGUAUGUCAACUCUAUGAACUAUCAACUGGUUUAUCUUUUUGCACCAUUUGAAGAUUGUCAGGAUUACAAAAACUUGUCAUGUAGGAAAUAUUGUAGUUUACAGAUAUUCUUUUUUUUACUUUUUUUAAAAUUUAUUUAUUUAUUUAUUGAAGAUUUCUCUCUCUUCC